AUACACGCGAGGUUUAAAUAGAGUACAUAAGCGGACUGAGACGGAGUGUAUUUAUUGUUGUUAGUGUUAGUUAGUGUUUCUUCAGGAUAUUCGAGUAGUUUCACAUUAAAGGAAGGGAAGUCUCGUACUGUGCCGUCUUUAAUCCAUGAGAGAGAAUAAAGGCUGUGUUCAGUAUCCGUGGGAAGAUGAGUGCUAGCACAGGCGUUGCUUGGAAGAAAAAGCCACGACAUGAAGUUAUCUAUACAAGUGGAAAUGAGAAGACAUUCAGCUUUGAUGAUCUUCCACCUUUACCAGUCCCCCCCCUAUGUGACACACUUGACAGAUACCUCAUGUGGGUACGACCACAUGUUAGUAACGAAGAGUAUGAAAACACCGAAGAAAUAGUAAAGAAGUUUGCUAAUGGUGUCGGCAAAGACCUCCAUGAGAAGUUAGUGGCUGUUGCGGCAAGUAAGAAAAACUGGCUUGAGGACUGGUGGUUGCACUAUGCCUACCUGACAGUACGAGACCCAAUCCUGCCCACCAUGAACACCACUGGACCCAUGCCUCUAAACUUAACUUUGUGGCAGCCAUCGUUCGAAGAGGUUUUUAGAUAUGCAGCAUUGUAUAUCUGGGCAAUGCUUGAUUUCUUCGUACUUCUAAGAGAAGAACGCUUGAUGCCUCAGAAAGCAAAAGAUGGAACAAGAUUUAGUAUGGAACAGUUUAGGAGACUGUUCAAUUGUUCAAGAAUACCUGGCCAAGGAGCAGAUAGUUUGUAUACCAGAUGGAAGACAAAGGAUGAAGGCGAAUGCCCAGAUCAUCUGAUUGUUCUUUGUCAUGGACACAUCUGGACCGUGAAUCCUUGGGAUUCUGAAGGGAAGGCCAUGAAUCCCCCAGAGCUAGAGCAACAAUUCAGGCACAUCCGUGAAAGGAGCGAUGCCAUGGGUCCUGGGGCUGGUCUUCCUGUCCUCACCUGUGACACUAGAGAAAACUGGGCAAAAAAUCGGGAUUGGCUGAAAUCCCUAAGUCUCAACAACUCCCAGAAUUUAGACCAUAUAGAAUCUGCAUUGUUUGUGUUUGUGAUGGAUGACACUUCUCCAGCAAACUUUGAGGAGUUAUGCUGGGAGGCACUGUGCGGAGACACAACAAAUCGCUGGGCAGACAAGAGUCUGACGGCCAUCAUGACAAGAAAUGGCUUUGGUGCUACAAACAAUGAUCACACGCCUUAUGAUGCUAUGGUAACAGUGGUCAUGGCCCAUUACCAGCACUUGUUGUUGGAAGACAUGGGGGGAACCUGGAGAGGCAACCCUACUGUGCGAGAAUUCCCUAUGCCGUCCCUUGUGAACUUUGACCUUGACAGCAAAAUCAUGGCUGCCAUCCCUGCUGCUAAGGAAACCAGUUUGGCCUUGACCAAGAACAUAGAUGUGAGAUAUUAUACAUUUUCUACGUAUGGAAAGGACUUCAUCAAAAAUAACAAACUCCAUCCAGAUGCCUUUGUACAGAUGAGCAUGCAGUUGGCUUAUUUUCGUCUCCAUGGAAAACCAGCACCAACCUAUGAAACUGCAACUACUAGACAGUUUUAUAAUGGAAGAACAGAAACCAUGCGGUCAUGCACAGUGGAGGCUGUGGAAUUUGCCCGCUCCAUGCUUAAUCCUAAAGCUUCGACAAGUGAAAAACGCACCAAGCUCUUCAGUGCCGUGAAGAUGCACAAUGAAUUGAUGAAUCAUUGCCAGAAAAAUGAAGGCAUUGAUCGUCAUCUCUUUGGUCUUUACAUCAUUGCCCUGGAAGCUGGAAUGGACACGCCUGAGAUCUUCUUAGAUCCGGCUUAUGUGAAGAGUGGUGGUGGAGGCAACUUUGUACUGUCUUCGAGUACAACUGGUUAUACUCCACUUGUAGGAGGAGUAGCAGCCAUGGUCCAGGAUGGCUAUGGUUGCUUCUAUAACAUGCUCCCUGACAAGCUAAACUUCUUCGUAAGCACAUACCUCACAUCAAAAGAAACAAGAGGUGAAGAUUUCUGUAGAGCUCUUUCGACAUCUCUCCAAGACAUGCAUGAUGUGUUGACAGCUCCUACUGCAAGCCUCUAGAAGCCUCAUUUAUAUAUUUGUAUAGGUUAACACAUUAACACUUUGUUAAAAAUUUGGCUUGUGGCCAUUAAAAUGGGGUUGUUUGCACGGAUCGACAGUUUCCUCUGUUUGUGCCCAGCUAGUUCAGUAGCUUGCAUCCAACAUUAGGCACCUAAAUGCUUAUAUUUUGAUAUCAUUAGAAAAAAGAAAAAAGGAAUUAAAGGUUUACCUUAACUGUAUGUGCUAUUGCCUAAAUUUUUUUUCAUAGAAAUGAUGCUACUACUGUCAGAGAAAAAUGAGCUCUUUCCGAUGAACCAAUGGUGCAGGAAUGGUCAUGAUGGGAUGCCACUGUUACUUGGUCCACAACAGCCAUAGUAUGUACAUACAUGCCACCUGGCAGCAUGGGAUUUCUUGUGUAAACUUUUAAAUUAUUACUUUUUAAAUUUGAUCAUCAUAAGAAUUAUGAAAAAAAGACUGGAAUUGUUUAAUAUUUAAAUAAUUAAUUUAAAUUCUAAUUAAAUUCUAAUUUAAAUUAAAAAAAAAUCUUAACAUUUGUGCUGUACUGUGUCAGAUUUUAGAGAUAACAUUAAAAUAUACAUGUUAAUUCAAUUUCGGUAAUAGAGAAUACCUCAAAGUUUAUAUCAUUAGAGGUUUAUGUUGAUAGGGUUACAAUAGCAUAUUUUGGAAAUUACUUCCAAGUAAUUGUUAUUCAAAUCUCGGAACAUAUCUCAGGCAACAGUCAAUGAAAUGUUAUGUGCAUAUUGUAGUGAUCAUUGGUAAUUUGGUGCUAAUUACACCUGUGUACUAACAUAUCACCAAAUAUUAUCUUUCAUUUUUAUUUCUGUAAUUUGAUAGCAAUCAUUCAUACAAGAAGAUUGAUAAAGACUGCUUAUGUUACUGUUUGUUAUUACUGUUCACUUACAUGUUUAUAUAUUAUACAAAAUAUUUUAUUUAGUUUGUUGUGUAAAAUAAGGUUAGUGUAAUGUUUGGAUGCAUAAUGAUGUAUUUUCCUUAUAAAGUCCUUAUCUUAUAUUUGGACCUUCAUAGGAAUUUUGAUAGUGAAAUGCAUACACUAAUAAUUUUAUUGUAACCAGAGCUGCAGAGCAAGUUAGGGGAAUAAGAAGAGAUUGUUUGAUUAAUGAUAAAUACAGCAAAUAAUUGUAAGAUGUAGCUGAGUUUGUAACUGGGCAAUUUCUCUGUAUUUUUUUGCUUUUACUACUAACAUUUUUCUUUAGUAUUACUUGAUAUUAGAGUAAUAGUACUUUUUAAUUAAUACUCCAAUAAGCCUUAAAAGUGGUGAUUUGUAAUUUCUUUACAUGUUUGCAUAUUAAGCAAAGGGAAGAAAUGCCCGCACUGAAUUCAAAUUAUUUUCAAGGGAGAGUAAAUGCUGUAUUUCUAAAGCCUUGUUUAUCUACGCUUACUAAUAGAGGUAGUUUGCAUUUAUUUAGUUAAGUUAAAAUGUAAUAUUAAUUUUAGCAGUGGGAUUUUUAGAAAUGUUAUCACCUGUUAUUUUUACAUGAUUUUUAGUAUCAUAAACUCUAAUUGAUUUGAAAACUUGCUUGACACAAUACAGCAUGUAGGACUAUGUCUGUUACAAAUGUAGAAAAAAACAUUAAGAGAUUCAAUAACUUCACAAAGAAAGAGACGUAAACACUUCUUCCAGUGUUGGAAAGUUCUUUGUUAUCACCUGUAUUUCUACAUAUGUAGUACUAGGGCAAUAAUGCAGCCUAAAGCACUUUUUACACAUUGAACAGCAUGCCUUAUACAUCCAGACAUGUAUAACAUCAUAUAGUCUAGAUAUGGUAUUAGUGUGUUAUGAAAUUUUGUAUAAAUGGCAACUAUGUUUUAAAAUAAAUUUUAUUACAAUUUGCAAACACUUACAAGCAAUCUAUCUUACCAGAUAGAUUAAUAAUGCUUUUGCAUAGUAAAGGUACGUUUUAUGGUCUUUAUAUGAUUUUCCAAAAAUUUGUGUAAUUAUUUAUUACUUUUGUUGUAUCAUAUUUCUGUAAAUUGUCUUAGGAAUAUAUGAUAUGAUUUGGAAUUGCAUGGUGUACUCCAUGUAAGGAUAAAAAAUAUACGUAUCAAGUGGUUUUUGAAUGUAAAGGCCAAUACCAAAUCAGUACAUGUUUUAUUAAAGGUAUUGUCAGUAUCUUUUACAAGCUAUUAAAGGUUUACCCAUCAAUUAUAGGAAUGUUUACAUAUUUCUUAAUUGUAAUCUUGUAUAUUAAGAGAAAGGAUAGUUUUGCAGUAUUUUCACAAAAGCCUUGAUAGUUAGUAAACUGGUAUGUAUUGAACAAACUACCUGGAGUAGUCUUUAAUGAAAAAAUAAAUCAAUGCAGUAGACUAGUCACUAUUAUCUUUUGUUUGUUUGAAAUAUAUUUAGAAAAUUU